UCCAAAAGGCUUCCAUAUAAAUUCUCGGUGAGCGUUUUCUUUAUUCCUUUUGCGCCAUUUUCAGACGAACGAAGUUUGCAGCGAGUGGGAAGAACAUUGAAAUCGACAUGAAAGCUCUUUUCCAUUCUGAAUCUUCUUUUCUUCAUCCGCAUCAUUCUCGCUGCCAGAACAACAGAGAUCUUCUCCGUUUCCAAGUUCGAACUCCUUUGAUAUUUCCUGUUAAAGAUCGAGGACGAUGGAUUAGAGGGAAGCGGAUAUGUUUGACCGCAAAAGCUGAACUAGAUUGGGCUACGAUGGAUCAAUUAGGACUUUCGGAAUCGGAUGUACAGAGUCCGGCAAUUUCCACUUCGUAUCGUAGUUUGAAUUUGCCGAAGCCAAACCAGACGGUGCUGGAAGCUCAGGCUAGGGUUUGUACCGGACCUACUCAGACCAGGCCGCUUAGUGAAGAACAAGCUUUUAAGGUGUUGGACACAAUUUUAAGAUCAGUUAAAGGAGAGCUUAAAGAUGAAGAGGAAGUGUCACAAUCACAGCUUGGGGCAUUCUUUUCUGCAAUGACUAUACGUGCAAAUGUCUUCCCUGAGGCAACUCAGUGGAGUGAAGGGGAAAAGAAGGCAAUGACCACAUUUUGGCCACUCCUAAUUCGAGUUCUACCUCCUGAUGUAAUCUUCCUUGCUGAUCCUGAGGGUUCUAUUAUGGGAGGGAGUUCAAUUGGACCUCAAUUUGUCGGGAAAGGUUCCUGUGAAAUGAGGUUGGUUGGUGCCCUUAGAGAAAUUUUAGCAGGAGGGCAUCUUGGAUAUGAGGAGGUCCAAGGGGUGAUGAGAGACGUGCUUCCACUUAAAACAGAAAGCCUGAUGCCUUCAGGAGUUAGUCAUUCACUACUUUCAGCCUUCUUAAUUGGUCAACGUAUGAACCGGGAAACUGAUCGUGAGCUUAAAGCACAUUGCCUUGUAUUUGAUGAUGAAUCUGGUCCCACUCCAGUUGCUGAUGUUAGAUCAUUGACUCAUUAUGGGGAACCUUAUGAUGGAAAUACACGUUAUUUCAGGAGCACAUUGUUUGUUGCUGCGGUUAGAUCCUGUUAUGGGGAAUCUUGCUUGCUACAUGGUGUGGAUUGGAUGCCUCCAAAGGGUGGUAUUACUGAAGAGCAGAUGCUGAAAUUUAUGGGUGCAAACACAAACGUAUUCCCCUCGCAUGCUAAAAGACUUCUUGAGGAUGAGGAAGUUGGUUUUGCCUAUGUAAGUCAGCGUGAAGCUCGCCCAUCUUUAUAUUCAUUGGUUGGGCUGAGGGAGCACAUAAAGAAACGGCCACCAUUAGCAACAACUGAAAAGGUUCAGCAAUUUGUGAAGGCUAGAGGGAAGGAAGCUAUUGUGACUGGAUUCUAUCAUCACGGUUAUGAAGAACCACUUUUAAUGCUAAUGAGAAGAAGGGGUGUUCACUCCGGUUUAGUCGUGAAGGGUGAGGAAGGAGCACUCUCAAUGACGACAAAGUUGCGGUCAGCCAAUGCUUCGAAAGGGCUUCCUGUGAACUACUGUUCUGGUUUUCAAUCACUGAGCAUGCAAUCAGCCUUCGAAGUUGAUGGAGUAUCACGUCACAGUUUCAGUCUGGAGGUCAAUGCGGCUGACUAUGGAUUUCAACCCACUGAUACUCCAAGAACCGACAGAUCGGUGUCAAAGAAUAUAGAGUUGGGGUUAGCAGCUCUUAAUGGUGAGAAGGGAGCAGCAUACGAUAGAAUUGUGUUGAAUGCUGGAAUGGUGGAUCACUUGCUAGGAUGCAGUGGUGCUGAAGAUGUAUCCGUAGCUCUUGAAAGGGCCCGAGAAGUGAUAGACAGUGGCGAAGCUCUUAAACGUCUCUUAAACUAUAUCAAAAUUUCUAACAAGUUUAAGUAGAAAUUCUCUCUACACAACAUUUCAAAAUCUCUUUUUAUACUUCGUACAGACUCCUUCAUUUUCUUUCCAUCCUUAUCUUUGGCAAUGCCAUAAUUAUUCAUAAAGGGAAAAGUGGACCACUCACCGGCUCUGCCAUUUUGUACGUUAGACCCUUUCUUUUCUUUUCUUUCAAUGACGUGGUAAGCUUCUCCGAAGAUUUUUUUUUUUUAA